AUGAUUGGAGGGGGCCAUUUUGCUGCUUCGAUUUUUAAUAAGAACGAAGUGAUUCAACACAAGACUUUCCACUCAUACACAGUUCGAGCCAAACAGGGUGGUUCUCAAAGUAUGAAAGACAACAAGCAGAGUGCUUCAAAAAGUGCAGGAGCCAGCCUUCGUCGUUAUAAUGAGAGGUCUUUGAUGCAACAUGUUCAAGAGAUACUGGCCAAUUGGUCGAAAGACAUCGCCGGUUGUCAUUUCGUCUUCAUUCGUGCAGUCGGUCCAAACAAUCAGUCAAUACUUUUCAGCGGCAAGCAGGCAUCUUUGCAGAAGAAUGACCCUCGAAUUAGAAAGAUUCCGUUCCCUACAAGACGAGCCACCUUCAACGAGACGCGACGAGUUCACAGUUUACUCACAUCUAUAGAUGUUUACAAAUCUGAAUCAGUGUUCCAAAGCAAGUUCCUGGGUUGGUCUACAAAGAGCAAUUUUGAAAGUGAAGUCAAAGAGAAGUCUGUAGAUAAACCUAAGCCCAAACCAUCGAAGAAACCCAAACCUGUAACUUUGUCAACACCAGAAGAGUCUCUGUCAAAUUCUGUUACUCAACUUGAUAUCAAAUCUGAUAACAGUGAUCAUGGAGAAAAACUAUCAGAAACCGAUAAUAUUGAGUUGUCAUCUUCAGAAGUUGCUUCGGUUGAACAAGGUGAUAAGAAACAAGUAAGGAAGAAGAAAAAGAAGAAAAUUGUAAAAGAGCUUGAAACAAAACCUGAGGAGCAUAUUUUGAAGUUUAGAGUUGAUGUUUUAACAGCUUGUACUAAUGGUAAUGUGGAUGGUUUGAAAGAGGUUUUGGAUUCGAAGGGAGACAACAUUUCAGAUGAAGAAGUAGUUAUAGCUAUGAAUCAAAUGGCUCCAGAUAAUGUGACACUACUACAGUUUGCAGCUCAAAACAGUUUCAAUGAAAUAGUUCAUUUGGUUCUACUGAACGGAGGAGACCCCUGUGCGAAAAAUGCCAAAUCCAUGACUGCCUACGACUUUGCCACCGAGAAGGAAACGCGAAACGUUUUCAGGCGUUUCAUGGGCGAUUAUCCUGAUCGUUACGACUACAGCAAAUCGCACAUACCUAGCGCACUAACGGACGACGCUAAAGAGAGACAGAAAGCGGUGAAGAAAGCGAAACGAAUGAGGGAGAAGGAGAGGAAGAAGGCUGAUGAACCGAGGAAAGCGGAAAUCGCGGAGCAAAAACGCUUCCUGCAGUUGGAUGAUCGGGAGAAGCGGGCGCUUGCGGCCGAAAGAAGGAUCCAGGCUUCAUUAGGGAAAAGUGGCAAGGAUUUAGUUUUAUUGCGGUGUUACAGAUGUGCCAUUAAUAUCACGGGGAAAGUACCUUUUCAUUAUGAGAGCUUCAGUUUCUGCUCAAUGCAAUGUUUGAAAGAACACAGACAGUCCAGCCAAACUUCCAGUAAUGAGAUUAGUAGAUAG